AUGCGCUUUCCCAUCAUCCUCGCUGGCCUCGCUGCGUCCGCCGUCGCCCAGGGCGUGAGCGUGGGCAUUGCUCCCACUGCUGCCGCGCCGGCUGGCUGCAAGCCCACCUUCGCCGGUAGAUUCACCAUCAACGUCCAAGACAUCAGUUUUGGCGUCAAGGAGGCUUCUUCUCAGAUCCUCGCAUCCGCUGUCACUGUGACCCUCGCGGACGGCGUUCUACACGACUCCCUCAAUCGCAUUGGCGCCAUCGUCGCAAACCACCAGUUCCAGUUCGACGGUCCGCCCCAGGCUGGUUCCAUCUACACCGGUGGCUGGUCGGCCUGCGCCAACGACUCCCUGGCUCUCGGCGGCUCCGCCAUCUUCUACGCCUGCACUAGCGGCACGUUCCGUAACCUCUACGAUGAGACUCAGGGCGCCCAGUGCUCGCCCAUCAACAUCAUAAUCGUCCCAGUCGACAAGGCAGCCGCUACCACGUCCGUUUCCAAAGCAGCCACAACCGACUCCAGCAGCAGCUCCUCCGCCUCCGCCUCCAAGACAAGCGCGAGCAAGUCCAGCAGUGCGUCUAAGACCGAAUCUGCCAGCUCGUCGACUAUCACCGUGAGCUCCGUGCUCAAGAACAGCACCGUGGUCACUUCCGUCAAGUCAAAUUCCGGGAGCAUUCUCGUUGCCACCACUCUCAGCUCCCUCACAACCGGCGGAAGCACCGCAACCCCCACCGGAGCCUCGGCCGCUGCGGCUGCUUCUUCGACUGUCUCCACCGGUGCUGCUAUGGCUACUGCAAUUGCGCGUGACCUCCUCGGCGCCGCCGUCGGUGCCUUUGGCGCGGCUAUCAUGCUCUUCUGA